CUGAGCUCUGCUGCGGUGAGCCUUGAGCUAGCGACUCUCUGAGCGUCUGGCUGCGCGUGUGUGACCGUGGGCUUCGGCGGCGCCGACCGUAGCGUGGCCGCGUUAGCUGCUCCUCGCAACUUGCACACCUUGCUCACCUGGCAGCGCUGGUGAGCCCCGGCGGCCGGGCUGCGCUCUCUUCAAGUGGCUGCCUGUAGAUGAGGAUUUCCCCACCCCGCUAGGAUUCUCUAUCUGGCCAAAGCAGAGAGAGAACUAGUGGGACAGACAGGGAGAAGAGCGGAGCAGGAGGAAGAAGAGCGGAACCGGUGGGCCGUGACCUUCGUAGUGCGGUGGCAGAGCAGAGGAGGAGGCACCAGGAGCGGGCAGAGGAUCCAUCAGGUGCAUUUCCCUUCGUUGAGGAGCAGUGACAUGGACACCAGGUGUGGUGACGGCCAGCUCUCUGUGGGCGCGUGGGGGAUGUUGUGUCAGGGCUAGAGCCCGUCCCCCUCCCAUGAGCCUGGGGGCCCACGCACGCACCCGGCGCCUCCACGCACGCACGCACCCGGCGCCCGCACGCGCACAGCCCCACGCCGACGCUGUGAGCUGGACCCUCGGAGCCCAGCGGAUCCCCGUGGAGCGGAGUCUAGCCCAGCCGCAGCCCGAGGAUGUCAACAGAGGCCGAGCUGCAGCCAGCGGUCAGACCCAGCAGCGUCAGGAGGGACUCCAAGAGGAAAGGGCAGGAUCGCAGCGAGGCGGCUCUCAUCAGGCGCUUUAAGGGCGAUGGCGUCCGCUACAAGGCCAAGCUCAUCGGCCUGGACGAGGUCACUGCUGCCCGUGGAGACAAGCUUUGCCAGGACUCAAUGAUGAAGCUCAAGGGCAUCGCUGCAGCAGCUCGAUCCAAAGGGGAACACAAGCAGAAGGUGUUUCUGACGGUUUCCUUCGGCGGGAUCAAGAUCUUCGACGAGAAGUCCGGGGUGCUCCAACACCACCAUGCGGUCCACGAGAUCUCCUACAUCGCUAAGGACAUCACGGACCACCGAGCCUUUGGCUACGUCUGCGGGAAGGAGGGGAACCACCGCUUCGUGGCCAUCAAGACAGCACAGUCGGCCGAACCUGUGAUUCUGGACCUGCGAGACUUGUUCCAGCUCAUCUACGACAUAAAGCAGAGAGAGGAGAUGGAGAAGAAGGCUCAGAAAGACAAGCAGUGCGAGCAGGCGGUCUACCAGACAAUACUGGAGGAGGAUCUGGAGGACCCGGUCUACCAGAAAGGACAUCAAAACACCCCCCAUCAUCAUCAUCAUCAUCAACAACAACAACAUCAUUCUUAUCAUGGUCAGCCUCAGCAGCAAGAGCAAAAUGAACAGCAGCGACCGCAGGCGGAGGCAAAUCUGAUAGACUUAGACCUGGACACGGUGACGCAGAACAUCAACCAACUGGAGCUGUUCGGGGACAUGUCCACGCCCCCGGACAUCACCUCCCCGUCGACCCCCGCCUCUCCAGCCAACGCCCUCGACCCCUCGCAGGGCCUGCAGCCUCCCGCAGAACUGUUCGCUCCCUUCAACCCUGCAUCCGUGCCCUCAGGUUAUGUGACCAUGGGAGCGGUGCCUCCCGGGCACUGGUCCCAGCAGGCCUUCGCUGCCCAGACGCCGCUGGCCUUCGGGGUCCAGUCCCCGCUGGGCCCGGUGGCCCAGGUGCUGCCGGGCGGCCAGCCUCUCAUCUGGGGCCAGGCCAACAUCUUCCCCGCCACGCAGCAGCAGUGGGCCGCCAUGGCGGCCGGCGCCUUCCCGCCCACCGCCUACCUCCCCGCGCAGCCCGUGGGCAGCCUGCCCGCCGCCAUGUUCCAGACCCUCGCCCCCGUGGCCGCCGUGGCCCCGGCCGGCGAGAGCCAGCCGGGCGCCGCCGCCCCCUCGGCGUCGUCGAGUCCGCAGCACGGGGACCGGGGGAAGAAGAUGGGCAAGGAGAUGUUCAAGGACUUUCAGCUGGCCAAGCCUCCCGCCAUGCCGUCCAAGAGGGCGGAGCAGCCCAGCCUAGCGGGGACGUCCGAGGCGUUCAGCUCCUACUUCAGCCGCGUGGGCACCGCCCAGGACACGGACGACUGCGACGACUUCGACAUCUCCCAGAUGAACCUGACGCCGGUCACCUCCACGACGCCGUCCACCAACUCGCCGCCCACCCCGGCUCCCCGGCAGAGCUCGCCCUCCAAGUCCUCGGCCUCCCACGCCAGCGACCCCCCCACCGAUGCCACAGACCCCCCCACAGACGACUCCUUCGGCGAGGCAGAAGGCAGUCCCAGCCGCAGCGGAGAGGAAGACGCUGCGUGCGGCUCUGGCUCGCCCUGCCCCAGUGAGACGGCAGAGCCCAGCCCAGAACAGGCCAGUCCGGAGGCUGGGAGCUAGAUAGCGGCAGGGCAGGAAGGGGAAGGACCCUCUCUACGCCCAGAUCAACAAGGGGAAGAAAUAAAGAGGCGCACAGGAAGACAGAUGUGACCAGCACAGAGAGAACAGGAGGAGAACCCUCGCCUGUGUGUGUGUGUGUGUGUGUGUGUGUGUGUGUGUGUGUGUGUGUGUGUGUGUGUGUGUGUGUGUGUGUGUGUGUGUGUGUGUGUGUGUGUGUGUGUGUGUGUGUGCGCGUGCGUGCGUGCGUGCGUGCGUGCGUCUGGCACGACGCCCGGCCCGGCCAAGCCCUCGUUCUCUUACUCUGACUAACAGCCUCCCAGGAGGAGCGUCCGCGCUCUCCGAGGCCUCCUCCUCUUCCUCACCCUGAGCUCCUGCUGGUCCUCCUCGCUGCAGUCCUCUCUCCAUCUGAGCAGCCUGAGCCCUUCGCUCGCUCGCUCGCUCCAGGCAGGAGAGACAUCAAUCACUGAGACGGAUCCAGCUCUGCCUCCGCUGCGCUGUCUUCUUCUCUCCUCCUUCUCUUCCUGUGGCAACUCACGCCCAGCCUUACAGACAUAACCUGCUCCCUCCUCCCCCUUAGACCUUCCUCACUCGUCUUCGCUCCUGCACUCCUCCCUCUGCCUCCUGUUCGUGGCCGGAGACUGUGCUGCCUAGGAGGGGCUGAAUCAUGCAGUGCCUCCCUGUCUCUGACACCCCACCUACACACACUCAAGACUCAUUGGGAUAAGAGUGAUCACUUUUGACUUUAAUGAACACAAUCUGCAUCGUUAGCGAGGAUCCAGACUUUACCAGGGACGACCCGAGUCUGGAGUCGGUGGUUCUGAUUGAUGGGUCGGUUGUUUGGGCUGUUUUCUCCCUGUUCUUGUGAGUGUCUGCUUGAUCACUAUGCAGAAACAAGACUCUCUGGGAGCUACACACACACACACACACACACACACACACACACACACACACACACACACACACACACACACACACACACACACACACAGUCAUGUCACUCUCUCACAUGCAUAGACGCAGUAAUUUGCCAAACGUCUCUCCUCGCAGACAGACUCUGACCGAGGCCAGAGGAAAGGACACGCUGAGGAAACGAACCCAGAACGGGACGUGUCCAGCAGAUCGAACUGUGUGAUCGAACUGUUCAUUCUCUAUAGCUUUUUGUACAAUACUGAUUUAAAACAAAAGAAAAGAAAACAAAAAAAGAAUAAAUUGAGAAAUUGAAUUUUUAUUUUAUAAGUCAAUCAAGCCGCUGGGGUCAGCUCUGUAGGAGUUCACAUGGCUUUAAGGCAUCUGACGGAUGGUUUGCCAAACCCAUUUUGUAAAUAACGAUAACAACACUGACCAUUUUGUCCCCUGGACGUCUGUGCCAUAAAAUAGGAAGGCUUCAGUUAUGCAAACCUUAACGUCAACGCAAGCAAUACCAACAUGUCUUUUCUUUUCCCUGUUCUCUGUUAUUUGGCCCCGUCCCUCUGAUGCUCGUCCCACGGCCCCCGACCGUCACAGUCCCACCACCACACGUUCAACAUCCCUGUAGUUUUAAGUUGCAGGUCUCUCUCGCCCAAAACAGCCUUCAUGACACAGCAUCGGCGCCUCCGCUGUACCUACGUCAACUGUGACGCCAGUGACUCCCUAUUUUAUGGCCAGAGUCCCCACGACACUCGAGGACUCGUGGACUGUGACGCCGAUGAACUGGAACAUUUGACAAACAGAAGAUGAGCAAAGCAGUGGAGUAAAAAGGGAAACGUUGCUGUUUGAGUACAUGACAUUUCUAGACCUAUUUUAACUUUACCUCAGCUAACAGUUUCUUAAUGUAAAUUGACACAUUAUUUUUAUCUUUAUGGAUAUGACAUUCUACAGUGGGUUUUUAGAUGAUUUUUUGGUUCCUCUCUUGAUUUAUGUAUUCCACCAUGUAUUACUGUUACAAAUAAACACAUCCCAAAUGA